AUGUCUAAUUCUAAAGACAACCACAAAGAGAAGCAAAGUAAAAUUACAUCAUUCAGUUUUGAAAUACAAGCACCUAAAAAACAAAAACCAUUAUACACACUUAAUAAAAAUGAAAAUAAAAGUUUAUUUAAUGAAGAUUUUGAUUUA